CACCUCUGUCCCAACUGUUCUGUGGAAAGUAGAAGGAAGCAUCUACCAGGAUGACUCUUCACUUCCUGGUCAAACUGAACAGGUGACGCAUUGCUCAUAUUGUCAGUUUGAGCAGAGGGAAAAUGUGCCAAAGAUGAGUGUGAGAGCUCUAUCAGUACGACAGCCCUGUUGCUUGCUUACCAUUCUGUCCUCCCUCGUGCAAUAAUCGUAUUCUGCUCUCAUGAAUCUGGGGUUGACUUACAGAUUGUGUUCGGAUUUGUUUUGUGCUCUCUCAAAUCUAUCGGCUUCAAUAUGCCUACCAUAAACACAAACAUAAAAGCACAGAUGUUGCACUGUUGUUCAUUUAACAGAAUCCAACCACACUGAGGUUCUUGUCAAGCCUGCAUUGUGAUCUGUGAAAAAUACACACACUUAACACCAAACAACCCGUGACAGAGCUGUUGUGGCUCUGGUCUAAAACUGCAUGUCAGCAUAUGUUAGAUGGAUGCCCACACACAUACACACACAAAAGCAGUGUUGAGGCUGCUGAAACAGCAUUUCUUCUUAUCUGUGGUGUGUUGAAGUCUGCAUGUGUUCAUCUGCCUGUCAAGAUGUCUCACAACAGGUCACUUUGUCUCCAAGGCCAAGUUUCUUUUCCCAUGGAUGUGACGUGAUGUUAAUGCUGCUUACCUUUAGUUGCUAUAGGCUGUUUUUCUUACUGUUUGUCCACUUAGUCUUAUCUGUCAAAUCAGAUUUUGAGAAUUCUGUUCUAAGUGAUAGUUUUCAUAAUUGGUAAGAGAUAAUAAUACAGCUGUUCACCCAAACCAGUAACAUUCCCAAUAAAGUAUAUGUGCAUGUUGCUGCUGCUGGCUGGAAAGGGUCAAAGCGCUGGGGUAAAACAUGUAAUUAUAUUAAUAAAAGAAUACAAGGAAUCCCCUAGUUCUAGAUGACAGUCUGUUAAUAAAAAAAAACACAAAAGAUAAAAGAAAUAAUAAACAGGAAAGCAGAGGAAUCAAACCAUGAAAAUGGAGGUGGUAACUUUUAUAACAUGAAAUAACUAUGACGCUAAAAUCCUGCCAAAACUACACAAACAAAACAUGUUUUACAAAUGCCCUAUGAUCCACUAACAAACACAAUGUGCUUUGCAAAUGUAAAACAUAAUUAACAAACUAAUGCAUUUUGUUUUGCAAAUACAAAAUGUACCUAUCACACAGCAUGCCUUACAAGUACAAAAAAAAUCUAUCCUAUAAGUACAAAAAAAAUGUCUUCUACAAGAACUAAAACAAUCUCUUGUUUGAGUACAAAGCAGCCCCUUGUACAAGUACUAAACAAUCUGUUCUACAAGUACAGAAAUUCCACCGUGAAUGAUAUGAAGAUUUCCUUACAAAUGUCUUGGCCUCCACAACAGCAGGAGGCGCUAUGAGACAAUUUAAAUGCCUUGGGAGGAAACCACUGAGGAUUACAGCGCUGUGUCCCCGGCCACUGAACUUGAGCUCUCUGCCGUGUUUGAGUUGUAGGAGCUGGCUGGUUGGAGCCUUUGGGACAUUUUUUGUGCAUGUGUUGGACAAAUAAUAUGGCCUGCUGUCCAUUGUACUGACAGACUGCCCAAGACACCAGUACUUCAAUUUUUGUAGGUGAGAUUGUUCCAAGCGACUCUCUGGAUCUGCCAAACAAAGCCGCCAUGUCGGUGACUGUUCAUGAAAAUCGCAAAUCCCGAACUAGCACAGGCUCCAUGAACAUCUCACUGUUCCACAAGCCUUCACAUCCUGACAGUGUCCUGACCCACCUGAACACAUUGAGAAAACAGUGCAUGUUUACUGAUGUCACUCUGUGGGCAGGGGAUCGCUCCUUCCCAUGCCACAGGGCUGUCUUGGCAGCGUGCAGUUGUUAUUUUGAGGCCAUGUUCAGUGGAGGGCUACGAGAAAGUCUGGACAGUGAUGUCAAUUUCAGAGACAGUAUACACCCUGAGGUCUUGGAGCUCCUGCUGGACUUUGCCUAUUCUUCACGCAUCAUCAUAAACGAGGAGAACGCAGAGUCAUUGUUAGAGGCGGGUGACAUGUUGCAGUUUCAUGACAUUCGGGACGCAGCAGCAGAGUUUUUAGAAAAAAACCUGCACUCAUCAAACUGCCUGGGGAUGAUGCUGUUAUCAGACGCUCAUCAGUGUAAAAGACUGUACGAACUGUCAUGGAGGAUGUGUCUGCUACACUACGAGACGGUCAGAGAAUCAGAAGAUUUCUAUAGCCUGUCUAAAGAUAAAUUGCUGGAGCUGAUUCUCAGCGAUGAGCUCGAAAUAGAAGAUGAACAGGUUGUGUUUAACUCUGUACUGCGGUGGGUCAGAUAUGACUUGGAGGGUCGGCGUCACCAUUUACCAGACCUACUGAGGGGAAUCAGGUUGGCACUUCUGCCGUCUGAGUGUCUGCUCGAGGCUGUAGCCUGUGAGGAGCUGGUUAUGGCUGACAAGAGGAGCAGGUCAAUAGUAGAAGAGGCAAUGCAAUGUAAAAAGAAAAUCCUUCAGAAUGACGGAAUAGUGACUAGUCCAUGUGCUCGACCACGCAAGGCAGGACACACACUGCUUAUCCUGGGAGGCCAGACCUUCAUGUGUGACAAGAUAUACCAGGUUGACCAUAAAGCCAAGGAAAUCAUACCUAAGGCAGACCUCCCCAGCCCCAGGAAAGAGUUCAGCGCAUGUGCCAUUGGCUGUAAGGUUUAUGUCACAGGAGGAAGAGGAUCAGAGAACGGAGUCUCUAAAGAUGUCUGGAUCUAUGACACUGUCCAUGAAGAAUGGUCUAAAGGAGCACCCAUGCUAAUAGCCAGGUUUGGCCAUGGUUCAGCUGAGUUGGAGAAUAGCCUCUAUGUUGUUGGAGGCCAUACAGCUAUAGCGGGAGUUUUUCCUGCGUCUCCAUCUGUCUCCCUGAAACAGGUUGAGCGGUAUGACCCUCUCAGUAAUAAAUGGACUAUGAUGGCUCCCCUAAGAGAUGGAGUCAGUAAUGCAGCCGUGGUCAGUGCCAAACUCAAACUCUUUGUUUUUGGAGGGACCACCAUACAUAGAGACAAGGCCUCCAAGGUCCAAUGCUAUGACCCUGUGGGGAACCGCUGGAAUAUUGCAGCUGAGUGCCCUCAGCCUUGGCGCUACACAGCGGCUGCUGUCUUAGGGAGCCAGAUCUUCAUUAUGGGUGGUGACACUGAAUUCACUGCUGCCUCUGCUUAUCGCUUUGACUGUGAAACCAAUCAGUGGACUCGGGUGGGCGACAUGACAUCCAAACGGAUGAGUUGCCAUGCCGUGGCCUCAGGAAAUAAACUGUAUGUGGUCGGAGGUUAUUUUGGGACGCAGAGGUGUAAAACACUGGACUGUUAUGACCCCACAUCAGAUAGUUGGAGCUCCAUCACUACUGUGCCUUAUUCACUGAUCCCCACUGCCUUUGUCAGCACAUGGAAGCACCUACCUGCCUAAACUGGGAGACACCAGGAGCCUGUAAUUCCAGGUGUCCACUGAGAAAGGACUCAGACUGGAGGAGAAUUUCAGAGACUCCACCCUGUAGUCAGCAGCUGGCUUAGGCUGUAGCUCCACACAGGGUCCUGUGGAAUUUUUUAAUCCUUAAAAAAACAAGCUGCACCUAAGUCCUUAAAGGUGUGGUUAACAAGCAGACAGUACAGCAGACAGGUCUUAACACACAAAGAGAGAAUUACUCUGCAUAUGAUGCUUCCUAAAUAAUGUGAUACUCCUAUAUCUGGCACUUUGAUGAAUCUGACUGCUGGAUAUCCACUUUUUUUUGACUGAAGGAGUCACUGAUUGACUCAUACAAAACUAUGAGUGGUUUUUUUUGUUUUGUUUUUGUUUUUUGUUUUGUUUGGUUUUGUUUUUUUCUUGGGGGGUCAUGGUGGUGGUUUCCCUUAAAGAUUCACAACAUAAAGUUAGCCUUUAUUCAAAUGAUAUACUAUUUUUACAAGACUCCUGUGUGUCAUCACAAGAAACGUUCAGUCUCAUUAGCAAAAUCUCCAUGAUCUCAAACUAUACAAGAACUAGUGUAAACAAAAGUCAGACUUACCUUUCUUUAGAUUUACAGUGUACAACAAGAGAAUUUUUGGCUUCUCAGCAUUUGCUUGGAAACUUUUUUUUUUUUUUUUUAAAUUUGGGAUGUGUAAAUUAACUAUUUUCAAUUGAAUACUGAAUGUUAUUUAUAGUUCCAGGUUUUAUUUGUCUGGUGUUGCCAUUGCACAGCUCUGCUGUCACAACAGAAAUGUAUAAAAAAUAUAUUGUUGACAGAAUAACAGCUGUAUACACUGAUCACCCAAAGCAUUCCAACCACUAACAGCUGAUGUGAAUAACAUUGAUCAUCUUGUUACAAUCCAAUGUUCUGCUGGUAAACCUUUGGUCCUGGUAUUCAUGUGGAUGCUACUCGACAUGCUUCACCUACCCAAACACAGUUGCAGACUAAGUACACCCCCUAAUGUUACUCCCUGGAGGUGGGGGUGGUUCUAAGUCUGCAGUGGUGUUCAGGUGGGGGUAGCACGUCAACUGGCCAAAUGGUUUCCCUGCAGAACAUUAUUGUAACAAGAUGAUCAAUGUUAUUCUUAUUACCUGUCAGUAUUUUUUAUGUGUGUAUAGAGCUUGAAAAACACAGUAAUGAAAAAGAUGUAAUCGUGUUAAACCUAAACAUGAAUACAAAUGUGUGCUGAUUUAGUUAUUUUGACCAAAAGGUGAUUCAUUACAAAUACUCCUUACUCUGCUCACUUUAUGGGGUGUGUGAAUUGACUUUCUAAAAGUCAAAACAGUUCACUUCAGUUCAGUUCAGAAAACUUUAUUUAUCCCAUGUGGGCAAUUCAGUUUACAGCUCCCAGUUCAAUAAAUAAAAGCACAAACAAAUACAACAGUCAUUCAUUAGACAUACAACUUUUAUCACUCAACUCUCAGUUGUCAGUGGAUCAGUUGAACUAAUGGUUUCCCAGCAGCGAUACCUUGUACAUGUGCAAAUAUGCGUACAUAAGUAUUCGAUCAGUAAAAAAGAAUGAAUAAAUGGGAUAGAGAGUAAAUAAAUAAAAUAACAAAGCACAAACCUACUCAUUAAAACUGGCAUUCAUCAGCCUGAUAACUGAAGGGAUAAAAGAGUUUGAGUAGCGAUUUGUCUUCCUCAGGGGUGCAUAGUAGCACCUCCCUGAGGGCAUUAAAUUAAAUCUACUGGACAGUCCUUAAAGCGGCCAUUGUUGUGUGGUUCAGAGUGACAUGACAUGAGCAGCAUGUCAGACGGACUGUCAUUCAUUUAUUCACUGCUUAGUACAGGAAAUUCUGUAGAGCAAAACAUGCAGUGUUAGAUCAAUGGAGUCCACUACGUAGGGUGUAAUACAUUAUAAUUCUCACUAAACAUUCAGACAACACUACAAGACAGCAAACACACUAUGUAGUAGGGCUGCACUAUAUCAGGAAAACAUGCAAUAUGCAAUUACAUCGUUGAAUAUUGCAAUGACGAUAUGACUCACAACAAAUAAACAGAUUUGAAAUAUGUCUUUCUGCUUUAGGUUGGAGCGGCUAAUAUCAAUCCCAGACAAUGAAUAGUCAGUGCACACUGAAUUAAAAAAAAUAAAAUGCAGUGAUAUUGAUAGAUUUCAAUGUUGUGAAUGGGUUCCCAAUAAAAUUAGUGUUUUUAUACAAACUGUAGUGUUAAAUUGGAGUUUGAUGUUGAAGUUGAAUAAAAUCCCAAAUAUAAUAACUUUAUGUAAAUAAACACAGACUGUAUAUGUAUCUGUAUAUACAGUCUAUGAGCAAAACAUUAUACAAAUGACACAUAAUGAGCUAAGAGCACCAAAAUCAUCUACCCAGUAUAAGGCGUAUAACAUGAGUUUUUAUGUUUUCUUUUCACUUACUGAGACGUUGAACAAAACCGUAAACUACAACAGAAUUGGUCUUGCACGAGAUGUAAGAUUUAUACAGUAUGAAAAUGGUGGCCGCCACUGAAAAUCUUUUUUUCAACAGCGUGUGCUCCCUGGAAUGUAAAACAUCAUUGGGUCAUCAUCAAUAUGAGUCAGUACAAUAUUGAUAAGUAGCACAAUCACAUUAUCAUAAUGUAGCAUUAUCAGGGAAAAACUAGCAUCCCCUGGACGGUAAAAUAACAUUGUCACUGACAUGGGUGAUUACGGGAUUUGCUGUCACAGCAGACAUAGGAUAACAGGAAUGUCUGUAGUAAUAUCCUACAUAUCCGUGAAUUUGGGUGUAUUUUAUGAACCUUAAAAUACACGGUUAUUAUCUAGCGGCGGUCCCCGGGAACCUCUGUGCUGCUUCGCUGUCAUUACAAGGAAACCACGGUGCACCGAGCCUCAGAGAACCGGGGAUGACAACAGAUGAGCAGGUGGACAGUUGUCAGAUUUGUGCAGAGCAAAAGAACAAAUGCACUGACACAUCAUGGACAGUAUGAUGAUAACAUCCAAAACACAAGUGACAUGAGAAAUACUUUCAAAACUAGUAAAGUCACCCAAUGCCACUGUUUCAACACAACAUACAGCAUGUGAAUAUAUGGCAUGUGUAAAUCUACUGUUUAUUACAAUACCUUUAUCGGGUUUGUUGAUAAUCGCGAUGAAGGAAAACUUCAAUAAUAUUGUGCAGCCCUACUAUGUAUUAGGCUACAAGUGAACAUUUCUGAUCAACAGUGAUGUUAAACAUGUCAGCUGUUUGUCAGACUGUUGACAAGCAAACAUUUUGAAAACACGAACUCAGCACAUUUCAGAAAAAUUAAAAAAAUGAACAUGUCCUCAAUACUGAUAAAAGUCUUAACUUGAAGGAUGCAUUAAAUAGAAGACAGCUGGUUUGUCCUGUCACACCUGUAAAAAUGAGUAAUACUGAAAGUGUGACUGAAGAACAAAUGUUUGCUCUUUCAUUUAAAUUGAACUCAAAUGACCAAAGUUUGCUCUGGGUCAGUUGGAUCUCAUGCCCCAAGUCAGUGUUUGACUCUGUCAGCUAAAGUGCCAAUACAGAAACCAAAUUGUAUUUAAUCAAGAGUAUGACGAAUCCUACUUAAAACCAUAGUGUUCAUAUAGUCUUUUCACUUAAUGUCUUUCUUUUGAGUGAUGAUGCUGCAUUCAGUACAGGGCCAAAUAACUCUCUUGUGAGGACACGAUAACAGAUGUCUGUGCCCAAAAACCUUUUAAAUGACAGACAAAUACUUUUGCCUUUACCGAGGGUCAGAGAGACCUUUGCUGAGCUCCAAAACAUUUUCCAGUCAUUUCUUUAAAUGCUUUUAUGUCCAAAAAUGAUGUAAAAGUACAGGAAACACAUUUGUUAGAGAAGCACACAACAGCCUCAUGUACACUGUGUCCUACAGACACCACCCCUAUCCCAUAAGCUGUUUCAAUAUACUGAGCAAAACAUUAAAAGUAACAGUUUUCCUUUUGUUCCCAUUUUUUCACAGGUUUAAGUUAAAGAUCAAAGACUUUUUCAUGCGCUCAGUGGAUAUAUUUCUCUCAAAUUUUGUUCAUAAAUUUGUUAAAAUCCAUGUAAGUGAGCACUUUUCCUUUUCUAAAAUAAUCAAUCCACCUGACAGUUGUGUCAUAUCAAGAUACUGAUUAAACAGCAUCAUUAGUACACAGGUGUGCCUCAGGAUGGUCACAAUAAAAGGACGCUCAAAAAUGUACAGUUUGAUCACACAACAUGAUGCCACAGAUGCCACAAGUUUUGAUGGAGUGUGCCAUUGGCACGCUGACUGCAGGAAUGUCCACCAGAGCUGUUGCCUGCGAAGUGAAUGUUCAUUUCACUGCCAUAAGUUGUCUCCAAUGAUGUUUCCCUAAAUGUGGCAGUACAUCCAUCCAACCAGCCAUGCAAUUGCACAGGUUAGUUACAAUAUCAAACUGCUGUCAGGUCAAGACCCUGGUGAGGAUGAUGAGCAUGCAGAUGGGCUUCCCUGAGAUGGUUUUUGAUGGUUUGUGCAGACAUUCUUCAGUUGUGCAAACAAAUUGUUGCUUCAGCUGUUUGGGUGGCUGCUCUCAGAUAAUCUUGCAGGUGAAGACAUAUGGAGGUCUUGAGCUAGUGUGGUUACAUGUGGUCUGUGAGUGUAAGGGUGUUUGGAUGAUCAAUCUACUACCAUAUGCCAUCUCCAAUGCAGUUACCCUGAAUUUGGCAGUACAUCCAAGCAGCUUUACUAAGACACACAAGCUAAGGACCUUCACAUUCAGCAUCUUUACCUGUAAGAUAGUGUGAGAGCAUUCACCUGAACAGCUGAAGCAACAAAUGGUUAACACAACAGAUGAAUUUAGCUCAAACUCUCAGAAACCAUUUCAGGAAAGCUCAUCUGCAUGCUCAUCAUCCUCACCUGGGUCUUGAUCUGACAGCAGUUAGUCAUUGUAACUGACUUGUGUGAUUGUGAGGCUGGUUUGAUGUUCUGCCAAAUUCAGGGAAAUGACACUGGAGCUGUCUUAUAGUAGUGAAAUGAGCAUAAAGAUUAGGGGCAAAAGUUCUGGUGAACAUUCCUGCAGUCAGCAGGCCAACUGCAGGCUCCAUCAAAACUUGGAACAUCUGUGCCUAUUGUGUUGUGUGAUCAAACUUAGAGUGUCCUUUUUCCCCUGUAACACCUGUGCACUUCUGAUAUUUAUCAAUGCAGUCAUUAGUUGUCAGGUGUCUGUCUGACAGGUGCAAACUAUUUUCUACAUGCUGGAGAUUACACCAGCUGACAAAACAGACAAAAAAAAUGGCACAAAUAUUCUAGCAGGAUUUUUGCAGGACACAGAUGCAUCAUGGCAGAGAGGCUGGCUGGUGUUGUAAGUCCUGUGCACUUGUCCCCUGUCCAACUGUUAAUAAAGCUGCCAUGAGGAGCCUGCAAACUGGUGGAGUGUAUAAAUCUCUGACUUUAACUUGCCUCAAGUUAAAUUAGUCUCUGCAGUUGGAUUUCAGGAAGAUGUUCCAAAAUACUUUUAAUCUGUUCUUUAGAGUUUGAAGAAGUGAGAAGGGAUGUGUUUUUGAAAGAACUGAGGAUUUUUUUAAAUGAUUUUGAAAAACUAAAGACAAUUUUGUGAGAAUAAAAACGUUUGAUAUUGUGUGUUUUUAUUGGUGAAAAUAAACACUUUUUAAACUGCA